AGAAGACGCCGCGGGCUUCCGUAAACUGUUUGCGGUUUCUGUCUGUUCUGUUAUGUCAACACUCUUUUGUCGUACAGAUUCGUGCAGAUUUGCAUAGACUCGGAAAGCUUUAAAUCAUGGAUGAAUCAGAUACAAGCGCUAUUCUUGCGGAGGACUCGGAGUCGGGUGACUCAAGCAAAGUCUGUUGUUGUUUUAAGGUGACACAAAACAAACCUCCUCCGCCGUGUUCGUGUCCUUUUUCCGUGACCGUGGAGCCCGUUAUGUUCCUGUCCACGUUCUCCCUAGUUCUCCAGAUGCCUCUAUACACGCAGUACCUGUGGGAACGUAUCAGUGAAGAUGUGGGUUAUAAUGGAACAAAGAGUGGAGGAUGUAAUGCAUCUACGGUCCACGACCCACUGCUGAAGGAAGUGGAGACUCGGACUGCACACUGGAACCUGUACAUCAAUUUGGGUGGUUUUCUAGUUGGGCUGAUUAUGGUGACCCUGUUGGGCUCGUGGAGUGAUCGUGCAGGUCGCCGUGUGGUUCUAAUCAUCCCAUCCCUUGGCCUGGCUGUUCAGGCAGCCAUUUAUUUGAUUGUAAUGUACCUGAAGCUGCCUGUGUUCUGGUUUCUUAUUGGGAGGAUCUGCAGCGGCCUCUCCGGGGACUUCAAUGCCAUUUUGGCCGGCUGCUUUGCAUAUGUGGCUGACACGAGUGGCAUGGGUUCUCGCACCUUUCGUGUGGCGAUACUAGAGGCUUGUCUGGGAUUGGCUGGCAUGUUUGCGAGCAUCAUCGGAGGACUAUGGCGACGGGCACAAGGGUAUAUCAACCCUUUCUGGCUAGUAUUUGCCACAAAUCUUGCAGCGGCCUUCUACGCAUACCUGUUUGUGCCUGAAACCGUCACCCCUGACCCCGGGGCAAAACUCCUCUCCACCAGGCAUCACCGGGCCAUCUACCACCUCUAUGGAUCUGACACGCCACAGGGACGCAGAACUAAACUAUGGUUUUACAUUAUCUGCUUCUUUUUGGUGGUGUCUGUACAUUUGGGCUGCAGUGACCUCUAUGUGCUCUAUGAGUUGAGUGCUCCGCUCUGCUGGGGUUCAGAGCUGAUUGGUUAUGGAUCUGCGGCCAAGAAUCUGGCCUACCUCACCAGCCUGAUGGGGCUCAGGGGCAUGCAAUGCUGUCUGCAGGACUGCUGGGUGGCUCUGGUGGGCCUUACCUCUAAUAUUGUUGGCUUGAUUGUGAUUUCGGUCGCUGACACUACAGCUCUGAUGUUUACCGGAUAUGGCCUGUGCUUCCUUUUUAUGGCCUCUACCCCAGUCCUGAGAUCUAAACUGUCCAAGCUGGUGGACCCUUCAGAACAAGGUGCUCUGUUUGCUUCAGUGGCGUGUGUGGAAGGGCUGUGCUCACUAGUUUCUAGUGGGGUUUUUAACAGUCUGUACCCUGCCACCCUACACUUCAUGAAGGGAUUCCCUUUCCUCUUUGGGGCCGUCAUCCUCCUCAUUCCAGCUGGCAUUAUUGGGGGCUUGGGUUGCCAGGAGAGGAGAGAGAGCAGAACAAACAGAGAAGGCUCUGGAAUAUCUUGACAAUUGACUUUGUGAGAGUUUUUAUAGAACAGCAAAGGACAGAAUGAGUCCAGGAAUAAGCAAUGAUUUUGUUUUGUGCACAAUUCGGAUCCUAAAGUUGAUUGCCAAUAGAGUGCACAAAUGGACUUGUGUCCAAUUCAUGAUGACUUGGCCAUGCAUGUUCCUGUGAUUUUGCCAAAACAACAUUCCUGACCAAAAGUAAGUUUUUUUUUUUAAAAAAAAGAAAUUAUUCCCCAAAGAUACAUUGAUUAUGUAAAAAGUGGCAUUAAAAACUUUUAUGAUAUUACAAAAUAUUUCUAUUUCAAAUAACCUUCUAUUCAUUAAAAAAAGCAUUGAUAAUUAGACAUUUGUAUCAAGAACCAAAUCAGCAUAUUAGAAUGAUUUCUUAAGGAUCAUGUGACACUGAAGACUGGAGCUUUGGAUCACAGGAAUAAAUUGUAUGUUUGUUUUUUUUAAGCAGAUGUGUGUACCGACUGUGAGUAAGCCAUAAUAAGUAUGUGGAUUUUCACAAAAAGUGUUAACACUGUGACAGGUGCUAACUAAACAUCGUUUCAGCUUCCUGACCAGCCUGAUACAGCAACAUUAGCUCAACCAAUGGAGUGAGUUUGGAUCGGAAAUUAUCUGUCGACCACUGGGUGCCGGGGCAGUGUUUGAGAAACCUUGGUUAUUGCUCACUGUAAUCACUUUAUUGUACCUCAUCAUGUUAACGUCAGCCUUUUUAAUCUUUUGUCUUUUCUUCUUUGUAAGCAAUAAUGACCAUUGCCACUUUCAUAGAAAAAAAGUUUACAGAAGUUUUGUGUAGAUUUAUACAGGGAUUUGAGAGGAGGCUCUCGGAAUUGUGGCUUGUCUGUGUCGUUUCGUUUGCAGUAUACUAACAGAAAGUGAAAAUGACAUCUUGUGAUUUGUGCAUGUCUGAAAGUGUCAAAUUGUUUAUCUCAGCAGAAUAUUUGAUGAAUACAGAGCAACAAGCAAUUUUUUGUGGAACAAUUGUAUUAUUUACAUAUAUGAAUAUGAAUAAUUUUUUCAAAACCAGUUUUAUUGCUGUUUAUUUCUCAAAAAGAACAUUUCAUUAUUUCAUUGUACAGAUUUUACACGUCGUAUAAGACAUGAAAGACAGACUGGCAAACAUCAUAAGGCAACAGUAGGGAGAUCAAUAGCAAGAUAAAGCUUGAGGUGUCAAGAGGUGUUCACUAGCAUUUUACUUGACCUGUUGAAUCAUCUUCACAGUGUCUGAAAAUCUAUCAGUGACUCAAAUCUACUGCAUAAUAUCCUUGCAAAUUCUAAGAAAGCCUUUACAGCAGUAUUUCAAGUCAUGUAACUGUCUAAAAUGAUUUUUUUUUUCUAAUACUGCAUGAGGUGAUGAAUAACCAUUAUUUAGAUGUGAUUUUUUAUUUGCUUUGUGAAUGAUGUAAGGUAUGUCACAAAAGAAUAACAGAAACUAUAUUUAUAGAACUACAGUGUAUUUGACGCUUUUAAUAACCUACUGCAAACCGAAUUUAGAAAAAUUAAAAAUUAACAUUUCAUAAGGCUUUUUUAAUAUUUCAAUUGAUAAUGCUACAAUGCAAGAUUAUCUAGUAUUAUCUAUCAUAUAAACAGAGACUGAUUAUGGUUUAUGCUGAUGUCAUAAAUACGAUUGAUAAAGCAGAAAUUGCUUAAACUUCCUGAGUUACAGAAAUGUCCCACACAAUUCUGGGAAUAUGGACCAUGAUUACUGCAAUUGAGAAAUAUUCUUAGAAUUAGAAUAAUCCUUAAGGCGCGGUCACAUUUAUUGUUCGGAAUGCAACGCAAUCGCAAAAUUUUGUGUGAGGGUAAAAGA